AUUUAUAUUACCUAUUUGCCCAUGGAUACUGGAUGUGAUAUAAACAUAACCUAUUCGACUUCUAGUUCCACUGGAUAGGAGCUUGAAAUAGAAGUUAUUUAUAAAUUGCCAUGUUGCUAGCUCAAAACAUCUGCUCAAAUAUCACCGAAGAUGCUGCGUUAAUUUUUUUCGCUCAAAUCUCAAUAGCCAAGAUUCGGCUAUACAAAUACAACCUAUAACUUUCGGCUGAGUACAAACUACAAAUUCAAAAUGAGUUCAAUUGAUUUAGUUUAUGAUUCUGUAAUUGAAAACCUCGUCAGCCAGGAAAAGAUUAAAGGAGUUUCAUCAAAAUUGAACUCAUUGAAUGCAAAUGAUGAGAGAGUAUUGUAUGUUUAUGGUGUUAUGGAAUCUUUGAAUAUAUUUCCAAAUGUUAAACAAGUUGCUAAGUGUGAGAAGGUGGCUGACGACUACCGCAAUCAGGGUAACAAAUGUUUUCAGAAGAAACAAGAUUAUGAGGCAUGGCAGUACUACAAUCUCUCCUUAUUACAUGCCCCAUUAUACUCUGAGAGCUAUAUUGUGGCUCUAGCUAACAGAUCAGCAGUGUUCUAUGCCUUAAAAAAAUAUAAGAAAUGUCUCAAAGAUAUAGAACUGAUAUUCACCAUGAACUACCCUCCUAAGGUAAAAGAAAAGCUAAUGUCCCGCAAAAUGCAAUGUCAAGAUAUACUAUCCACUGAGAAAGAAGAUGAAAAAGAGGAUUACAAUGUAACAUUGGCUCUUUGCCUGUUUGGGCAAAGGCAUCCUAGAUAUCUGUGUGCCAGCAGGAAAUUAGAAGUGGAGUGUACUGAAAAAAUGGGAAGGCAUGUUGUGGCCAAAGAUGACAUAAAAGUUGGAGAAGUUAUAGUUAAAGAAAAGCCAUAUUUCAAAUUGGCGUUGAGAAACCAGUCUCUAUUUACAUGUGCACACUGCCUGUCAAGAUCAGAGAACCUGUAUCCAUGUGAGAACUGUUGCUAUGUCCUGUAUUGCAGCCAAGAAUGCAAGCAAGCAGCAUGGAAUUCCUAUCAUUCUGUUGAAUGUCCUAUGAUGGCCACUUUGAUAUACCAAAGCUUUUCCAAGCUGGAGUUACUUUCAUUGAGAACCGCAAUUAAAGCAAGAACUGAUCAUCCAGACUGGACUAGUCUGUUUAAAACAAUUGAAGUCACAGAGUCACUGGUGAAUUCUGAACUUAGGGGCCAUGUGGAGGUGGAGCCUGGCAAGUGGGUUUAUGAUUCCACACACUAUGCAUCUGUCCAUACGCUGGCCACUAAUAUUGAGAAACGAAACAUAUCUGAUAUCUUCCAGAAAUGUGUGACAGCUGCUGCAUUCAUUCACUUGUUGUCUAAUAUGACCCCUUUCCUCAAAACUGAUGGCGUAGUCAGUUCACAGAAAAUUCGUGAAACAAUUGCUGGUCUUCUCCUGCUGCACGGAAUGACAAGCCCGACCAACAUGCACAAUAUUGACACCAAUGUGCAGUCCAAGGAAGGGGACUUUGUUGAUGAGCUGUGCAUUGGAAGUGCACCAUACCCAUUUCUAAGUCUCUUGAACCACUCAUGCUCACCGAAUGUGGUCCGAUACAGCAAGUUAGGCACUGGAACUAUGGUGCUAUUAGCACUUAGACCUAUAAAGAAAGGACAGCAACUGUUUGAUAACUAUGGAUGCCACCAUGCGGUCGAAGACCGUAAAUCUCGGCAGGAGGCACUGAAGAAACAGUACAAAUUCACUUGCAUGUGCGAGGCUUGCGUCAACAACUGGCCUCUGUUCUCGCACCUCAAGCCUGCCGAAUCCAUGACAUCCACCCUGAAGGAGUUUAAAGAAUCUCUCCUGAACGGCGACUCUAUGGAGCAGCUCCAGAAAGGCGAUAAGAAGACUGCCAUAGAGUUGUAUAAGCCGUUGUGUACACUAGCGGAACUACUGGAGUCGUAUGCCCCAUGCAUGGAGCUGGCGGAGUGCCAGGAGUGCCUCAAGCAGUGCCUGUCUAUAUUCAGUGGCGUCACUCCCUACGGGUACAACAGGGAGAUCCAGUGGGAUGCAAUCCCAUCCUUGAGUUAAACAGGUAUUAUAUUUGUUUUACUCAACUUAUUGACAUCUAAAUUGAUUUUAAUUUUUAUAGAGGCUUAAGGUUAACCCAUUUACCGCCACCCUAAAAAGAGAAAUUAAGUAAUUAAUUACUCUUUAAAAGUUUAAAAAUAUAUUUAUUGCAUUCGUUAUUGGUGAAACAAAUAGCCCAGUCAGAGCAAGAGCACACAGUGCGUUGCGGCGGCGGUGCGGCGCCGCAACGUUGUUUUGCCGCAGCGGCGUCGCAACGUUGUUAUACCGCUCCGUGUGUCGUUCCUCGUGACGCAAAAGAACUGAGCGGUGCCGCUCCGACGUCGCAACGCAUUCACCCGCCCCCCUCCGCUUCGUCUUGGUAGCUGCAAGUCCGGUGCGGCGCCGGGGCGCAUCGUGUGCACGCCACAGAUAUUUCUAUGUAAAAUGACGCAGCGACACCGCUCCGGCGCCGCACCGCCGCCGCAACGCAUCGUGUGCUCUUGCCCUCAGGCCACUGCUGAACACUACGUUUACCGAUGGCAACUGCCGUCAAAUAGCAUUGGUGACGGUUCUUGGGUUAAUUAAAUUGAGGAUUUUAUUACUUUACUACAAUUUUAUUUAAAUUCAGAUAUGAACCUAUAUUAUUGUAUUGAAUGUUCCUAUAAGUUUAUUAAGUUAUAGGUAGCGUAAGACGUUACAAUUAUUAUAUUUUUUAUAUCACUGACUGAAUUUCAGAUGAAAAAAGUAACUUUCCGUUAUUUAGUUGGACUAAUAUACUGUUUACGUAAAAUUAACCAAUAUAGUGCCUUACUAAACAUAUAGGGUUAAACAUAAUUAUAUAUUAUAAAUUAUUAAGUUUUGUAUUUUUUCAAAAUAAAAAUAAAAAAUGUUUGCUUAUAACUA